AUGGAGUUCAAUUUGUUGGUAAGGCCCACCGUGGACUUCCUCGAUCAAAUGGAGCAGCAGAGUGCUUCGACCAGAGAGGAUGGCGAGCUUUGUCUCGACCAUCCAGUGCAAGGAACUCACCGGGAAGGCGACAAUGAUCGAGACCGGCCCCUCAAUAUUGUUUCCGCAGCUAACUUGAAUCUCAACAUUCGAUCCUACAAUUCCGAGGCCCAGAGAGACCUCGAUGAAUCAAGCCGCGGGUGCAAGACUCCAACAUCUUCAGAUCACAAAAUCCCGUCGAGCCUGCGAUGCCCGCCUGCUCCAAAGAAGCCCAGAUCAAUUCCGUCCGGGAAGAGAAAAUCAAGCGGCGCAGGAAAUUUUCUCGAUCUGUCCAGAGAGAUUGAAUCUUUGUUUCCGGCGCCAUUGCUGCUGGAUCUUUACGGUAAGAUUAAGAAAGUCAGACGAGGGAAUGGCACCCAAUGA